AUGUCCAAUCCCGAGAUCGAUCUCGAUGACGAUACCGUUUACGAUGCGAGCGAUAUAUACAUCAAACGAUAUGGACCUAUACCUUCGUUCGCGGAGGUGAGUGCUAUUGUCCAAACUUCCCAGUACGGGACUGCGGAAAAGUUCGAUGAGGCGAGCUGGGAUCGUGAAGUGCACUUCCGUGUACUGGCCUUGUCUUUGCGGCGUCCUCUCGCCCCUGCUAGAGAUGGCCUGAUCAAUUUUGCGCCUUCAACAACAGCUGCAAUCCACCACAAGCUCAUCGAAGGCACGCCGCCUCGCAUGAACACAAGCCCUGUCGUCACGGACGCCAUUGAUCGCAUGCGACACAUGUCAGGCUACUCGUCCAUCAACCACACGUCCCACUUUCUCUUUCGCAACAAAACCAUCUCAGUAAGCAUUGAGUCUAAGCAGCGCGGUUCCAGCCAGGAUGACGCGCAUCUACAAAUCGGGACGUGGCAUACUGCGCAAUGGACUUAUCUGGAACGCCUUGCACAAAUUCAAGGGGCCACAUUACAAGGCUUGGCCUUCCUUCAUGGUCUCAUUGUUCAAGGCGAGGACUGGCAUUCGUAG